AUGACCUUCGCGAUGGAGUUGGUACCUACUGAACGAGCUAGAUGCAACCGCUAUGAGCAAGGCCUAAAUCCCCGAAUCAAGAUGAUAGUAGCAAAAUCGGAGACGACUGAUCUUGCCACAUUGAGAGAGGCUGCCAUGAGAGCAGAGGAUUUGAUGAAUGAAAUGGGAGCACAGAUGGCUGAAGGAAGGAAGAGAAAGUGA